UGGGACCUCCUUCCCUCAUCGCUGCUGGGAGCCAUGACUGCCCCGGGUUCCUGGGUCCCCUUCCGGCUGCCCCUCCAGCUCAGCCUCUACCUGCUGGCCAUCAUGACCUUCUCCUUCCUCAUCCACCUACACAGCUGGUUCCCCGCAAGGGAGAGGCUCCCCUCCCCAAAAGCCAUGGACAAGUCCCCAACCACGCCCCCCACCACAACCCCCACAACGGAGCGGGGCAUGUGGACUGUGAACUCCAUUGGGCGCCUGGGGAACCAGAUGGGGGAAUACGCCACCCUCUAUGCCCUGGCCAAGAUGAAUGGGCGCCAGGCCUACAUCCUCCCACAGAUGCACCAGCAACUGGCACCGCUCUUCCGCAUCACCCUGCCCGUGCUCUCCAGCGACGUUGUCCGGAGCGUCCCGUGGAGGAACUACGGGCUCCACGACUGGAUGUCGGAGGAGUACAGGCACAUCAAGGGGAAAUACGUCCGGCUGACGGGCUACCCCUGCUCCUGGACCUUCUACCACCACCUCCGGCAGGAGAUCCUCCAGGAAUUCUCCUUCCACGACCACAUCAAGGAGGAGGCCAACCGGUACCUGGCCGGGCUGCGUGGGCAGCGCCAGAAUGUGACCUACGUGGGCAUCCACGUCAGGAGGGGGGACUACGUCCGGGUGAUGCCCAAGAUCUGGAAGGGGGUUGUGGCAGACAAGGCCUACCUGGAGAAGGCCAUGGGCUACUUCCGGGCCAAGUACCAGGAGCCAGUCUUCGUGGUGACCAGCAACGGGAUGGAGUGGUGCCGGGAGAACAUCAACGCCUCGCGGGGGGAUGUGUAUUUUUCGGGGGACGGGAAGGAGUCGUCGCCGGGGAGGGACUUUGCUCUCUUGGCCCAUUGCAACCACACGAUCAUGACCAUCGGGACCUUCGGCAUUUGGCUCGGCUACCUGGUCGGUGGGGAGACCGUCUACUUGGCCAACUACACCCUCCCCGAUUCCCCCUUCCUCCGGGUCUUCAAGCCUGAGGCUGCCUUCCUGCCCGAGUGGAUCGGGAUCAACGCCGAUCUCUCCCCGCUGCUGGGUGGGACAUAGGGGCAGAAAGGAUCCAGCCUGCAGGCCACCAGCAGGAUCCGCUGGGAUAGUGGGCCAGCCCCCAGAAUCAGAGGGCAUCAGCAUGGACCUUGGUGAGGCACAGGGGCGGGGGGGGGGGGAAUCAAGACACUGUGGGUUGGUUCUGCCGACUUUCUCCUAGGAGUCACCAAAUGGGUCCAUCAUGAGGCGGAAUGGUUAAAACUUGCUCCUCGGGCAGCUCUUUUAAAACUCUUGGCUGUAAGUUAUUGGGACCUGCUGAUUUUAAAGUGUCUCGCUUUGAUAGCUGCUGUUCAGCCGCCUCCUCAGAUAUGAGCAGAAUGGAAAGAGCCAUUAUCAUCAUCGUAUGAUAUGACAUCAUGUACUUUAUUCCCCCAAACACAAAACAAAAAUAUUUAUUGAACAAUUCUGCCUUUUCUGCAUUACUGAUAAUUCUAACAUUUCCACCUAAAAUGGACAAAUAGUAUUGUCAGAUUUCUUUUUGUUCCUAAUAUACAUUUUUAAAAAACAGCCUCCUUAUUGUCCUCAACACUGUGGGCCAUAGAAUGUGCCGUGUGUCCCUUUGCUUCCCUUAUCAAUUUUCUACCAUUCCUAGCUUUUGGUUUAUAUGCUGUCCAUUUCUCCCAGCCUUCUUGUUAUUGCUGCUUUCACUUCCCCUCUAAACCAGGUCAGUCUGUGACCAGUAUGGCCUUCCUCCUCAAGUGUGGAAUAAUGGUUGCCGGGGCACCUAGUCAGGUGUUUGGUAAACAAUCCCCAAUCAAUAGCCACAUGAAUCUGAUUAAAUUCUUCCUCCAGGCUGCUUCGGUUCUCAAUUCUUUUCAGCUUGGUGAAACUGACCCUUUGAAAAAAGCAGGAAGGGCUGGACGCCAGGACUCCUGGGUUCUAUCCCCGGUUGAGUGGGGCAGGUUCAGCAGGGCUCUGUGAGUGGGCACAUUCCUGGGCUAUCAACCGGCCCCAGUAUGUGCGUGGCACAGGGCUGUAAAGCCAGAACGUUAAAGCGAUGAUGAGCUCUUAGAAGCAGCAAUAAAA